AUGGACGGUGAUUUGGUCAAGACAAUAGGGAAGCUCAUUGAGCGCGUUGAGCGUCUCUUGACCCGGCAGAAACUGUCAGCUCCAACACAAAGAAUCUUGAUUGCAUUGGCUGGGGUACCAGGAUCUGGCAAAACAACGUUAUCGGAUGCUUUGAUCAAAGAGCUAGAGAAGAACGGUAUUUCCGACGUCGCAGUCCUUCCCAUGGUCAGUGAUCAGCAUAUCCUCAAGUCCCCAACUCCAAGCAACACCUUUGUCACUGACAUUCAACUUCUAGGAUGGGUUUCAUCAUACUCGCACCUCUCUCUCUUCCUUCCGCGACCCGAACGAAGCAUUUCGAAGACGCGCGAACCGCUAAUCAUCAUAAAAGCGCCGGGGUUUGACCAUGCGAAAAAGGACCCGAUCCCCAACGCCAUAAAGAUCUCUUCUCGUGCCCAAGUUGUUAUUAUUGAGGGCAACUACGUCCUCUUGCACCAAGACCCUUGGAGCCGCAUUUCCACGUUGGUGGAUGACAAAUGGUUUGUCGAUGUCCCAGUCGACAUCGCUAGGGAACGACUGGCAUCUCGACACCUCAGAGCCGGAAUCGAGACGACGACAGAAGCAGCGAUCAAGCGUGCCGAUGAAAACGAUAUACCGAACGGAGAAUACAUAAGAUCCCAUCUACUCGAACCCAACGCACGCAUCAUAAACUGA